AACAACUCGUUACUAAAAAAUAUUGUAAAUAUCCCGUAAAAUUUCCAUUAAAGUGCAUGAAAUUAACAAAAGUUCUCCAAAUCCUUGGAAUUCAUUCAGUUUUCACUGGAUUAGUGACUAAAUUAUUUAGUUUUAAAUCCAGUUUCCAUCUAUUUUUAUAAUUAAUCCAAAAAAGUACAGUGUUUUCUUUCUAGUUUAACUAAAAAGUUUCGCGUGUGAUUGUAUGAGCUCGUUUUUACAACACUAUCUUCACAACUCUUCAUAACAAAAUAUAUCGAGUUAGAAGUGAAAAGACGCGCAAUUAUUACUUUUUCCAAAUUAAAGCGAGAAUUGAGAGGGUGUUCAUAGGGCUAAUACAAUAAAUCUGGAGGAAUUGUGGCAGAAAAUGGAUGAGGCCCUCUUUUCGGCCACCUAUGUGGACAAUUACAUUGAUUCGGUUGAAAAUCUGCCGGAUGACGUGCAACGCCACUUGUCAAGAAUACGUGAUAUUGAUGUGCAAUAUCGGAACCUUUUACGUGAAGUCGAUCACUACUACGAUUUGUGGAGAUCUUUACAAAAUUGUGGUGACGCUAGCUCGGGACGUCGAGCCCGCUCGGUUAGUCGCAUGCAACAGAGUUUAAUACAGGCUCAGGAGUUAGGCGACGAGAAAAUGAAAAUUGUAAAUCAAUUACAAGAAUUAAUUGAUCAUAAAACUCGACAGUUGGACACGGAUCAAAAAAACCUCGAUAUUAAGGAGGACAAGGAAGAUAUCAUGCAAAUGCAAUUGGACGAUUGUGAUGCACCACCGGCGCAAAAGCAACCGCGAACACAAAGUCCAAGUCGGAGCGGUGAACAAAGCGCUUCGUCAGCUGCUUUGGCCAAUAGUAAUGGAGGUUAUGGUGCUAUUGUGACAAAUUCAUCAGCCUUGGGAGGAGCCGUUGGAACCAGCGUUGUUGUCAACUCCACAAUCAAUUCUGAACGUUCGGCGGCUAAUGCAAACUUGUCGCUUGCUAAUACCAAUACGAACGGUAAUAAUAGCAGUAUAAUCAUCAGUGGCGGUGCCUUGGAGAAUCAACGUAAGCGUUCACGUCGCCGUCAUGACACUUCUGGUACUAUGGAAAUGGGUGGUAAUGAAUCGAAUUCAGCUAAUGAGGCCGGUAGUAAUGGUGAUCGCACUUCAAUACAAAAAUCCUCCACUACAAGUGCAACACAAAAGAAGAAUUCAAACCAAAAUCAAACUGGGGCGUCAAGUUCAGUUGGUGGUUUAGGAAAUGUUGCUAGUGCUAGCGGUGGAGCUAAUGCCAGUGGCAGUGCUGGUAAUAAUACGUCAGGUAAAAAGAAGAAACGUAAGGCACGAGGUGCUCAAUCAUUAGCCCAGGCUAACGCGCGCGAAGAAACGCCACCACCAGAUCCCAUCGAUCCUGAUGAACCUACUUACUGUGUUUGCAAUCAAAUUUCUUUUGGUGAAAUGAUUUUAUGCGAUAACGACUUGUGCCCGAUUGAAUGGUUCCAUUUUUCUUGCGUUUCAUUAGUCCUUAAACCUAAAGGUAAAUGGUAUUGUCCGAAUUGCCGUGGUGAUCGUCCUAAUGUUAUGAAACCCAAAGCUCAAUUUCUUAAAGAACUCGUACGUUACAACAAAGAAAAAGAAGAGAAGACAUAAACAAAAAAUUUUUAGUUCAUUUCAAUCAUCUAUUUACGGAUUCGCAACAAGUGGACUUUUUUUUUACAUAUUUCAUUAACGUUUUUGUAAACUAAAGUUGAUAAAGGAAUGUAUAAAGGAAAGGUAAAAAUUGGGAACUGGGCAAAACUUAGGUUAAACUUUUGUACAGUUACAGUUUUCACACACAGAAAGUUCGCAUAGAUAUACGUUAUAUUGUGAGUUUAUUUUCUCCUUUUAUAUUUUAAUAUCAUUAUUAUUUAAUUAUAUAAGUAGUUGAUAAUGUAAUGUUAAAAGUAUAAAAUCG